UUUAUUCUUUCAUGGCGCAUGUCGUGUACGUUCAACGAAGAAUAAUUAUCGCUCGCAUUUGACGCAGUGCGUUAAUCGCAUAUUACAAACGGAAAAGAACGUUAUAUAGUGCCGCGUGUUACGCGAUACACUUUCCGAGCUAUUAAUCCGUGUUAGUGCUUCGUAAAAGAAAUACGGCGGUUAAGCACUGCAAAGAAAACUUGACAUUGGAACGGCCAUUUUGGCGUGUUGUUUCCUAAUCGAGUGCUCAGCUCAGCAUCGAUAUCCAUCCAUUUCAAGGAAAUAAAAAUAUUUCAUCACUUUCAAAAUGAUGACAGAAGCACACAUAAAUUCCAAUCAUGUCUUAAAUUCCGGUUUGACACCCAAAUCGGAUAUAGACAAAAUGGACGAUGUAGGUUGGAAAGCCAAAUUAAAAAUUCCACCAAAGGACAAACGAAUUAAAACUAGUGAUGUUACUGAUACUCGUGGCAAUGAAUUUGAGGAGUUUUGCCUAAAGCGAGAAUUACUGAUGGGAAUCUUUGAAAAAGGUUGGGAAAAGCCUUCUCCCAUUCAAGAAGCCAGUAUUCCCAUUGCAUUGUCUGGUAAGGAUAUCUUGGCUCGUGCAAAGAAUGGGACUGGUAAAACUGGGGCCUACUCAAUUCCAGUGCUAGAACAGGUGGAUCCACGAAAAGAUGUGAUCCAAGCAUUGGUGAUUGUACCCACUAGAGAGUUAGCUCUUCAGACAUCACAAAUCUGUAUUGAACUGGCAAAACAUAUGGAUAUCAAAGUAAUGGUAACUACUGGAGGAACAAUCUUACGGGAUGACAUUAUGAGGAUUUAUCAGAAAGUGCAAGUAAUAAUUGCAACGCCGGGAAGAAUUCUUGAUCUUAUGGACAAGAAUGUUGCACACAUGGGUCAUUGUAAAAUUCUAGUUUUGGAUGAAGCGGACAAGCUUCUAUCGCAAGAUUUUAAAGGAAUGUUGGAUCAUGUGAUUUCUAGAUUACCACAUGAACGUCAGAUAUUGCUGUAUUCAGCCACAUUUCCCUUAACGGUGAAACAAUUCAUGGAAAAACACUUAAGAGAUCCAUAUGAGAUUAAUUUAAUGGAGGAACUCACAUUGAAAGGUGUAACACAAUAUUACGCCUUUGUACAAGAACGACAAAAAGUUCAUUGCCUUAAUACGCUGUUUUCCAAGUUGCAAAUAACGCAAAGUAUAAUAUUCUGCAAUUCGACGCAACGUGUUGAAUUACUGGCGAAAAAGAUAACAGAUCUUGGUUACUGCUGUUAUUAUAUACACGCGAAAAUGGCGCAGGCACACCGAAAUCGCGUGUUUCAUGAUUUCCGAGCUGGGCUAUGCAGAAACUUGGUGAGCAGCGAUCUCUUCACACGUGGUAUUGACGUACAAGCUGUGAACGUCGUAAUCAAUUUUGACUUUCCAAAAAUGGCAGAGACAUACUUGCAUCGUAUUGGUCGAUCAGGGCGAUUCGGUCAUUUAGGUAUAGCAAUUAACCUAAUCACAUACGAGGACCGUUUUAAUCUUCAUCGUAUCGAACAAGAACUUGGAACAGAAAUCAAACCUAUCCCAAAGGUAAUAGAUCCAAAUUUGUAUGUAGCAAGACCAGAAGACAAUAACAGUAUGGAAGAGGGUAAUGUGUCCAAGUAGUUUCGAUACGUCAUCAUUAUGAAGUUUUACAUGCGCUCAAAGAGUUUAAAGUGUAAAAUGGUGAUUGUGACUCGUACAUAUAAGGCAUACACUGCUAUGCUUUGAACUCACAGAGUGAAAUGUUACUUUAGUUUGGAAUGAAUUGUCUGGUGUGUUUAACAGUGUAUAAAGACGAAACAGUGCUAUGAACAUUUAGAUAAAAAAAAAAGUGGUCUAUAUAGAAAAAAAAUUGGAAAUUUCAAUUAACAUAGUAAGCAGCGGAAACAUGAAUUACUUGUAAAUAAGGCAUAUACUGAAUACGAAACAGUGAACUCAGUGAAUGAUAUGAUGAUGCGAAUGCCGGUGCGAGUCAUUCUUUGUACAUAAAUACAUAUAAAUGUACAUAAUCUAAAGUGCGUCAGAGUCAAGCCAUUAUCAAGAGCACAAUAUGUAAACAAGUACAUGGGUAACAUAAUAAUCAUAAACAUUUUACCACAACUGUAAAUAUUACAUGAAAAGUAUCCAUCAUUUUAAUAGUAAAUUUUUAUACAACGGCUUCAUACUUCCAAGAUCUUUUGUUCUUUAAGGGAAAUUGUGAUGGCAUGUGUGAUUUUCAGGAAAAGAGAAAACAGCAGAGUGAAAGAAAAUUCAUACUUGAACGCUGUUUACGAGUACCCAAAUAUUCUGUAAUCCAUAUGCCCAUUACUUUUGCAUCUCCAUAAGCACAUAUAAAUUUUCCUUAAAUAUACCACAAAUUCUAAAUAUUGUAUUGAUCUUAAUAUUUGAUUAUGGCUUGAUUUUGCUACCUUGUCAAUGCUGUCGUACAACUCUGAAAUUCAAAUCACUUUUCAAAAGAGCAAGCUUAUCUUUUGUUUCUGUAAAGCGGUAACCUAAACGUUUUUUUUUAACUUGAUCGUAAUUUUUUUACGAAAUCGUGAUUGAGCGUCAGAGAUUGUAAAAUUGACUAGUUUUAUAUAAUUAUUUUGUAUAAAUAACUGGCUGGUGGUUAUCAUCAAUAUUAGGGAUUCAAUGUUCAAUCAAUUUCCAUUAAAUGUUUACAUCUUACCUCCUACAAAAUUGAUGCAUCAAACGAGUGUGCGAGUAAUAAAAUUGCCAAGCAAGAAUCUUUUAUUACUCUAGGAGCACGGUUUGUGUCUGGUAAUAAUAAUAAUAAUAAUAAUAAUCAUCAUCUGGUAAUAUUAAAGAGAACCAUUCACAAUUAUAUCGUAGUAUACCAUUUUGUGUGACAGAUGAGUUAACUGCAAAAACAUGAUAUGCUAGAGCUAUUAUUAUCAUGGAAUCCCUUUUUACACUUGGUUUAUCAUUUUGAUAUCUGUGUACAUGUUAAUUGUACAAAAUACAAAAAACUGUAACAGGCGUUUAAGACAUUACUUUCGAUUAGAUUUCUAUCGUAUUAUUGUUCAUGUAUUCCGUAAAACAAACAAAAGUACACCACCAGCCAAGACAACUUAGGUUUAUGGAACGAAAUGCGUAUACAUUAAUAGGCAAUAGUAAAAAUAUUUCUUACUUGAAGCGAAAAAAUUUCAACGAGAAAUAUUAAUGGGAGCGUCGAAAAGCGGUUUAGAAUGCUCUUAGUCUUGUAAUAUCGGCUUUGACGGAUAUUUUGCUUUGGCGAUCGAUGGCAACAGAAGGGACGUCUUAUGAUAAAAAUGAUUGACCGCUGGAGCAGAAGGUGUAAGCAUUUGAAAUUUUGCUACAGAACAAAAAAAAUUCAUCGAGUUAAAUCGAACGAAUUUUUAUAUGCAUACUUUAAAUACAUUUUACACGCGGAGAAGAAAUAUCGGACAUUAUUGGAAUUAACGUCUUAGCACCGUGUGAUGCAUGUAAAGCUUGCUGACUUGUCAAUUUUUUAAUUUCUAAUUGAAUGUUUCGUACAGGCAAUGGUACAGUAUUCGAUACAGUCAGGAAGCGGAGAACCGAAUAUCGGUGAUCCCCGGAAUACUUUAUACGAGAGUUCUAUAUAACUGACUUGUAUAUGCAUAUCAGGGAUAAAACGAGGAGUUGUUUUCUUCUUCGUUUCGUUACCCGCCAUGAAAUUGAAAAAUUAUAUUUAUACAUACACCGGGUAAUACACAUCUGCCGCACAAAACAUGUUAACGAUUCUUAUUCUACACGCGAGAAUGAUAUGCUAUACAAUUAUUAAUCACUGACGUUAGGAGAGUACCUCUCUCGUUGUCAUCGUCCGAGCAUCGAUGUUGUGAUGUAGUAUUAUUAUAAUAUUAAAAGCAUUGGAAACCGUCUUUCUUUUAAGUGCUCACGCAAAUCAUAAUUUGAUACAUACGAUGUUUGAUUAAUGGGAAGUGUGUCCGCUACACACGCAGAGGUGUGAACGACGUUGAUCGAUUUGAACAUUUUUGUCGGCUUGAGACACGAGUGUGAUCGAGAAAAUCGAUGUCGAUGUGGGAAAGUCUCGAUAAACUGAUCGUAACACAAUCACGCAUCUUAUUGUUGCGAGGAUCAGGCGAUGAUGAUGCUUCGAAGUGAUAGAAGGAAAAAUGAAUUACUAACGGAGAAGAAGGAAAAAGAUCAAUGGUACACGAAACAUUCUUUUUUCACAAUGGGAUGUAAAUAUUCUAAAGUGGGAUGGAUUGUAAUGAAAAAAAAAACAGUUAACGAAAAAAUUGGCAGUGAUCUAACGAAGUAAUUACCUAAGCGUUGUAUUUAUUAUAACAGUUUAGAGAAGAGAAAACACUGCUUAGCAUUUGGUUUGUGGCUCUUUAUUUUUCAUCGAUCGGAGAUGUUUGAUAAAGUGUAUGAUGAUUCGCAUACGAUUCCAUUCUAAUGUAACAUUAUAUUCAUUUCUUCUCUAAUUUGACCUUGAUUAUGUUUUCGACACGGAAAGGAAAAGAAACGGAUAAUUCAACGAAUCCAACGGUAUUUCGGAUGUGUCUACCAUUAAACAAAAACAAAAAAAAGGAAACACACAGAAAAACUAUAUACUCUUUCGCAUAUUCACCGCAAAAUUUUGCUUUUGUGUUGUAUGUUUGUGAAAGUUAUUAUGGUUCUUUUGACGAAGUUGUGUAGACUAGGGCGGUAAUACUCUCUUGGUCUUACUGAAUUGUCAUUGGAAAUACCAUUAGAUCCGACAUGGAAUCUAUUUUGUGAAGUAUAUUUUAAUCAGUCUUUAAAAGAGUCAAGAAGGUGUCGACGAAAAGAUCAUAAAGCUUGAACAAAUUUUCACACAAAAUGCGUCUCUGUAAUCAUUCCCGAUCAUCGCGUGCUCUUUGGUUACCCCAUGAAGCAUCUUCGAUACACACACACGCGCGCGCACACACACACACAGACACACACACACUAAACGCGUUCGUUCGUCGUUGUUACAGCCGAACGCUGACAAAUCAAACAUCUGUACAUGAAUGCACACGUUUGAGAUGUUCGAAAUAGUAUCACGAAAGUGUCGUUAUUAUAUUCGUCUUGACUCUUUUCAAAGAAUGGUAUGAGUGCGAGAUAAAAUUAUAAAUUUCUAGUAGAAGUUGGGCGAUAAAAGUUGCUGAAUGCAAUGCUAUGCGCAUAGACUGAAGGGUUUACGUACGUAGGAUGUAUUAAAGCGUGUAAACAGCAAUUUCAGAUCGGAAUUUCGCACGCGGAAGUAACGGAACACCGUGCUGCGAACAGUUGUCCGAUCGAACCUUGUUCUCCGACUGCAAUAAUCUUUGUAACUCGAUCGUUUUUUUCGCGAAACGAGUUGGUUCGGUAUACCGACGCAGAACAUUGUCCUGUACGAGUACGGAAGCAUUUGCUGCUUCAUGAUUUCCGCAACAUGAUUAACGGGCAACAUGUUCAGUGGGAGGAACGUUCAUGCUUCGUGAUCGGUGGAUGCGUGUUUUGAUACAUCCUACAUGUAUAUAAAUAUAUAUGUUUGUUUCGUUCUAUGGUUGAUACCGACGAGAGUAAUUUUAACCUUAAGGUUACAUCAUUCUCCAUGUUGUACAUUGAAGUUAAAUUCUCGCGGUACAUAUAUGUAUACACGUGCAUAAUUUUGGCAGCGGCGAAGAAACGGUGACAGAAACGAUCUCGGAGUGAUUUUGUUCAUGAAAAUCUUGAAAGCGUUCCCUCAUGUCUGUCGCAUAGAUACAUAUAUAUUUCCAAGUGAAGUUCCUGUGCCUCAUCUUGGAGACGAGAAUACCCUUGAUGUGGAAACGAUUUGUGAGAGCACCUUUAUGAUAUAAAAGUGCAAUUUUGGGAAGCGUUGUGUUAACAUCUGGAUGUGGAAUGUACAAGGAGAAUCCUUCGCGAACACCUACGAAGGGUCGCAUUAAAAAGUUUUUAAUGCAAACAAUUCGCAUACGGUGAAGGUGACAACAUCUUUUGCGAGGCUGACGACAUUCGGUUAACAGCUGCAUUAUACCUUCGCCACUAUACGCGCUGACAUCGGUACAGCGCGACGAGCUGCGUACACGUAUAUAAGGCAAUAUGUUUUAACAGUAAAGAACAGGACGAUUGGACUCGCAAUUAACAAUUUCAAAACCUUUUUCAAUGAUAAGCAGCUCGUUCGUGGUGUCGGAAAAAGAUCUCCGACAGUCGCGAGAAAUAAAUUUUAAAAAAGAAGAAAAAAACACAAAAAAACAAAGAAAUAAUUUCACAUACAAAAAGUACCGUCACUGCAAACUUUUAAUCGUUCUUGAAAUUCAUUUCCAAAAGUACUAUUUUACUUCCACAUAAAAUAAGCUAAUUGUUCCACGCAGACGGUACGAUAGGAAUCACAAACACACACCCUUUUUCGUGCUAACGAAACGAGGCGACCGAGCCUUUUUUGCGAUACGUUCGAACAGAAAUCAAUUUUUUCUCUGACAACCAAAAAAAUUGGAUUAUGAAUUCGUGUAAAUGCAAGUCGUAAAUUACUGUGCACCUGUUUUUGAUGUUUUAUUAGACGGUAUUAUUCUACACGUUAAGUUCUUGCAGAUCAUUCGAAGCGAUGAGAGUGCUGUGCAUUAAAAAAGAAAGAAACAUUUGUGCAGUAUCGCUCGCGACUUGCAUGGGAUAUUCAUAGUAAGAGGAUCUCUGUAAUGAUUGUAAAUGUCGAUCGAACCUUUUUUGUAAUCGUAAACUUUUUAUGUACUUCUGUGAAACCGAAUAUUUUUAUGUUUGUUACGUUCGAAGAAUGAAGAAAAUUUUGACGCGUGCGAAAACGAUAUAUUUCGAGAUAUUGUCUAUUACUACAGGAACAAAAGUAUGUUUAUUUGUCGAUUAUGAAAGAAUAGGUUUGUGCCCGUAUUACGAAAGAGAGAAUCUUUUUUAUUUGCUUUUCAUUUCUCAAAGCACAGACCCCGCGCCUCCCCCCUCUACCCCCCCCGCCCCGAUGUAAUUGGAAACGCAUGUCCAUGAAUUUGUUUUCGAAAGGAACAACACAGCAAAAACAAAUUUGGUCCUUAAUAAAAUUUCCGGUUCAGUACA